GGGCGAAAACAAAUGAGAAAUAUUGAAAAUUUUAAUGAAUUGAAAUUUGAUAUGGUUACCUUGGACACCGCAACGCACGUCGGAACAUAGUUCGGAAGAAGAUGUCACUCCCGACGAGUUUUAUUAGUCAAGGAUUGAUCUUGAAAUGUAUUCCACUGUUGGUGUUUUAGUAAAUAUUCAUCAAGACGAGCUUGUCUUGUUUGAAAAUGACUAAUGCGACGUUGGAUUUUACGGUUAAUAAAUGGCGUGAAAAUCUCGUUCGAGGAAAGGACUUUGAUACGUGGGGUCAAUUCGUAGAGGCCAGUGAGGAAUAUCAUAGAUUAUCUCGACAACUUUCUAAGCAACUUGCACCAGAAGAAAAGUUACUCAAUGUUGAACAAAAGGAAAUAAUUGCAAAGGUAGCUGCCUGUCUUCAUUUAAGAAGCAGAUUCCUGCAGAAUCUGCAAGAUGAAGAAAUCACCCUUGAUGACAUCAGACAACUCUGUCUGGUUUUAGAAAACAUCUUGUCAGAAGAGAAUGAAAUAUUCCCAAUUAAAGUCGACCUUCCUGAGCCAGUCUUUCAAACAAACAAUAAUUUAAUUUUGGAAGAAGAAGUUCAAAAGGAUCAAGAGAGCUCAAAAGAUCUUGGUAAACUUCUACCCAGAAUUCCAUACAAGAAAGGUUAUCACAGAUUAACGAUAAAAAUAGUUAAAAUUGGAUUAAAAGAUACUUCCGAAUUUAUUAAUCCAUUUAUCACCGUUUCCGUGAAAGGUCCGGAUAAUGUCGACAUUACCGUUCCACAAAACACUCCAACGGCAAAAAGAAAAGAAGACCGAGAUAUUCAUUUUGAUAGCAACGUUGAACUGCAAACAGCAAUAGAAGAUUUACCAGAAGGUUCAGCGAUAUUUUUUGAAUUUUACCAUUUUAAACCGAAGAAGAAACGAAUCAGUACCAAAUGCUGGACAUUUAUGGAGCUGGACGAGAUACGAGCUGGUUCGGCAUGUCUUGAAUUGUAUAAAAAGCCUACAAAUUUUGGACGAAAAAAAUUCAGUCUACUCACAAUAAAAGCACUGUAUCUACACGUGUUUCUCGUUAUCCACGACGAUGUUGAAUGAACUGCAUUUUGCAUUUUGCAUUUUCCGCUGCUAAACAGGUAGAAAUUCAACUUGGUAAACGUCUAAACGAAGUGCACUGUAGUGCACUCCAGACUCCAGUAGACAUUACAAAUCGUACACCCAAACCACACACAAAUCUAAUUGUAAAUAUGUUCUAUCAGUACCUACGAUAAACUAGUAUUUAACAACUAAAAAUUGCUUUAAAGUUUUUGUCGGUCUUGCUAGUAGGGAUAAAGUCGUAUUCCUUAAA